UGAGCGAUGUCCCUGGCGGAGCGGCGGCGGCGGCGGCGGCAGGAGGAGGAAGAGGAGGGGGAAGGGGAAGCAGGGGAUGGGGCCGGUGCCGGAGAAGAGGUGGUGCAGAUCCGGCUGGGGGACAAGUGCUACCCGGUGUGCAAGAGGAAGCUGAUCGAGCAGAGCGACUAUUUCCGAGCGCUCUACCGCUCGGGAAUGCGGGAGGCAGGGCAGGGCCAGGAGGAGCAGCUGCUGCGCGGGGGGCUGAGCGCCCUGGGGUUGGAGCUGGUGCUGGACUUCAUCAACACGUCCUGCCUGGCCAGGCUGGAGCAGGAGGAGGGCGGCGAGGAGGAGCCCCCGCUGCUGGAGGAGCUGGUGGAGGCCGCGUCCUACCUGCAGGUCACGCCGCUGCUGCGCCUGCUGCUGUCCCAGGUGCGGCUGGGCAACUGCUUCGAGCUGCACCGCCUGGCGCAGGUGUACGGCCUGCAGGACCUGCACGACGCCUGCCUGGACUUCAUGGCCGCGCACUACCACCAGGUGCUGCGCAGGCCCGACGCCCGCCCGCACCUCCUGCUGCCCCCGGCGCUGCAGCAGCAGCUGCGCGAGCGCCGCAUGAGGGGCACGGCCAGCCUGGUGCUGCUCGGGGACUUGAUGGGCGCCUGUCCGCCGGGGCUGCCCGCCGGCUGUCACCCGGCCGGCUGUCACCCCGCCGGGGACGCGCCCUGGGCCAUGCUCAGGUACGACGAGGAGGCGCGGCGGUGGCUGCCGCUGGCCAACAACCUGCCCGCCGACCUGCUGAGCGUCCGCGGCUACGGCUCGGCCGUGCUGGACAAUUACCUGUUCAUCGUCGGCGGCUACCGUAUCACGAGCCAGGAGAUCUCGGCCGCGCACUGUUACAACCCGUGCCUGAACGAGUGGAGCCAGCUGGCCUCGAUGAACCAGAAGAGAUCCAACUUCAAGCUCCUGGCUGUCAGUGGAAAGCUCUAUGCCAUCGGUGGCCAGUCCCUUUCCAACGUGGAGUGCUACAACCCAGAAAAUGACUGGUGGAAUUUCGUGGCGUCCAUGCCAAACCCUCUUGCAGAAUUCUCAGCUUGUGAAUGCAAGGGCAAGAUCUACGUUAUUGGAGGAUACACUGCACGAGGCAGGAACAUGAGCAUCCUGCAGUACUGUCCCACUUCUGAUUCCUGGACCAACUUGGAGCUGUGCGAUGUGCACGUCCGCAAGCAGCAGAUGCUCUCUGUGGAGGAGACCAUCUACCUGGUGGGGGGCUGCAUCCUUGACCUUGGACCAAACCAGAGAUCCAGCCCCAGCGAGGACGUGCUGACAGUGCAGUCCUACAACAUUGCCACCAAAGAGUGGCUCUACCUCAAUGAGAACUCAUCCAAAUCCGGCCUUAACUUGACUUGCACUCUCCACAACGAUGGAGUCUAUAUCUUGAGUAGGAAUAUUACUCUGUCUUCCAGUUUGGAGCAGCGCCUCUUCCUGAAGUACAACAUCUUUACAGACACUUGGGAGUCACUGGGGCGCUUCCCAGCCUUUGGACAAAACAUUCUGAUCUGUUCUAUGUAUUUGCCUGAUGGGCGAGAAGUGUAACAGCACCAGGGGUUUUUUUUCAGUUCCUUAACCGUUCUUUGAUGAAAUAUUGCUCCCUCUGAAUAAUUCCACUUUCAGAAUGUAAUGUGUUUGCAUAAUGCAGGCAUGAAAUACUGAUUCUGUUCUCUAAAAAGAUUUCAGAAUCCAAUGUGAAGAGAAAUGCUUCCAGAAACAGUUUUAAGAUUUCAAUUUGAAAAUUUUACUGGUUUGGAUUAAAAUAUCACCAGGUAUUGUUUGCAAUUUAAAUGUAAAAUUAUUGUGUUGGCAAUUGAUAUAGGAGUUCCAAAGGCAAAACUAAUCAGUCUGGUUUUAUUCUUCAUUUCAGUAGACAGUGUAGAACAAAACAAACAUACACAUUUUCAAAGUGGAAACAAUUCAAUAAAGUAAAUAAUUAGUAUAAUCAAAACCACAACAGGAUUUAUUUCUUUCAAAAUACAGUUUUUACUCAAGCAGUGUUCUGUCAAAUGCACACUGUUUCAAAUUGUUUGUACUAUACAUUUUUAUCUCUUCCACAGCAGCAACUGAGAUUCUCAAAGGUGCCAGCAAUUAGGGUCCCAUCAAGAAGAACUUCUUCUGAAUUAUUUGUGGUGCAGUGCUUUGCCAAGGACUGGUAGGAAUUACCUAGAGGCUACAGUUGCUGAUUGGAAAGUAGAUGCUCCUUUAGUGGAAGUUGGCAGCAUUUCUUGCUACCAUUAAGACUGAGGUAAAAAGGCUCUUUAUUCAAAGGGUGGAGUUUCCUAAUUGUCAUAAAGGUUUAAGUUUAGUUACCUUGUUGUGUUCUGUAGUACUUAAAAUUGAGUUAUAAAGAUCAAAUUGUAGUUGGCAACAAGCUGCGUGUUAUGAACGUGUCCCUGAGCAUGUUCAGUGGUGAUCCUGGUGCAGGCAAUCCUCCUCCAGGCACAUCCUGGUUGGUAACACUCCUGUGGGACACCCAUGGGAGGCUUGGCUCUUGUCAAUGACUCCCUGACAACACCCCCCAGAGCAGGGGCACGUAAGUGUUGGCUCUUUCUUGUUUCACCAGGAGAGGUUGCCUCAGGUUUGCCACCCUAUGUUGUUUCUCUCUCUAAAGGGCACUGUAAGGUGGGCACUGUGAGCACUCCCUUGUGAGGAUUCUGGAGUGGUUACUCCAGGAGCUUCUCCCAGGUCCUGCCUCUUGCCUGAGAGAGCUGCAGCCAUGACUGGCCCCUUUUCUCUUUGUAGCUGACAAGUGCAAAAGCAUCUUCUUGAGGUGACUGCCCAGGUGUGGAAUGUGUGUCCUCACAACAAGGAGAGGAAAAGCUUUGGGUCACCGUGGGAAGAGCCAGGUUAGAUGUGUGCUAAACACAUUGCAGGGAUGCUGGUUCUGCUCCAGCCGUGUCUCCACAUGAUAAGAUGAGAUUUAAAGCACCUGAACAAGUUCCUAAUGUGUGGAGAUGUCUUUUUUGCUUCUUCAUUAGAAUUCGGGAGUCUUGAAUCUUCUUUUGAAGACAGGUGUCUGUUGUCCAGAGGCAGAGGCAGCAAUAGUUCCCUCAAGGUCCUUGUAACUCCUUGCUUUUCCAUGGUUUUGAAUGAAAUCAGUCUUUGCUAAAGGGUUAUCAGCCUUAAAGUGCCUUACCAGUCACUGCUCACGCCUUAAUCUUGGUGCUUCCAAUCACCUAUAGCAACCCAAACAGAAAAUCCCAGGAAACUUCUCCAGAAUGUGGGCAUUUGUGUUUGAACAUUUUUAGGAUGAAAACAACCAUGACACAAGAUAUUUUGGAGGUCUAAGAUUUACCUUUUUGGGUGGAACUUUUGCAGCCUGGUGGAGAAUGUCAUACCUCAGCCCAAUCUGGUGCCUGCCACUCAGCUCUGUAUGACUUUAAUUAGCUAAGUCCAUGUGGAUGUGUUUUUAUUUCCUUUGAAAACAUUGUGCAGCUGCUGUGUUUUGACAGCAGUAUCAGACCACACAAUUGCUCUUCUGCAUUGGUAACUUUCAUAAGAUGCUUAUUUCAGAAGUGUUUCAGAAUAAAUAUAAGCAGGGUACCAUUGCCUGGUGAUAAAUUAUCUCAGUCACAUUAUGCUACUUGCUUUCCUAAAUUUCUUUUCAGUUCCAGGUUCAGUACCCUACACUCAACUGUGACCAAUAUUGGUGGAGGAAAUCACAUCCAAGUUGCAGCAUUCCACUUCCAAGCAAAUUAACCAAGAAAACCCAUCACUCCUGGGUUUGCAGUCGGGUGUAUCAAAUCAAGUCCUUUCAAAUCAAUUCAUUUUUAGUGCAGUCAUAAUUCCAAAAACUAUGACAUUAUCUUCUAGGUGUGAUAACUCUUUUUCAGAAGAGGCCUUUCCACACUGGGUUUAUCUUGGUUUCAACUUCCAGUGAUCAAGUGACCACCUUGAAAACCUGGAAAACGUGCUCAAAUGCAGAAGACAAAGAUGUCUCUGACUGUAAAUACAGUCAGACCCUUUUGUCAGUCCAUGGUGUAAAUGCCUCCUCCACUGACAUCUAACAGUACUGCAGUCACAAAUCAAAACUGGUGUUAAUUUAGUGGUGGCAUUAAUUAGUGUAAUUCUAUAAAUAUACUGCAUUACUACAGGCUGAAAUAAAAAUAAAUGGAUUUUUUUAAACAAAA